ACCGCAGAGGAGCAAAGACUAUUCGUGUUUGAAUUUCAGUAUCGUUCACUAUCUUGGUACUUUUUAGUUAUUCGCAUAUUUUUGAUGGGCCUUUGUGGUCAGAUGUACGAAAAUCAGCUGUAACUCAUAUUCCAAUCUUAAUAUCUACUGGAUUAAUGAUUCUAGUUUUGUACAGGAAGCAUAAAUGAUCGCCGGUAAAGAUCACUGCGCAUAUAUUAUUCUUUAUACGUGAACGUAAUUUAAAAUAUGUUCAACUAUACUACUGUCGAUGACUCGUAGAUACGAGUAGAGGUCAGAAGUACAUAUGUAUAAACAAACAACGUAUUCCUCCAAAGAUUACGUAUUUUAUUUCUAUAUCAAUUCCCUUGUUGCCAAGUGGCUCCAAAGUCCAUAAUUACAAGUUUAUUUUACCUACGACUAAUAACCAGCUGAUCUGGGCGCUAUAAAAUUCUCUGCACAUAACGUCAUCUCAUUGUGUGCGGUAGACUACCUUGCCACAAACUCUAUGUAGAGCACGAUAGAUGUAGACUACUGAGACAAAAAAAUGGCUUCGUUCGAGCGCAUCAAAAUAAAUCUGAACUCCAAAGGUUCACCAAAAGGUCGGGCUGCUGAUAAAAUAUAUUUUCAUUCAGAAAUAAAUAUUCUUAAAAGCAUUGAAAUUCAAUGGGAGUGUCCAGCGGCGCGGAAAGCCCUCCGGGUUUCACGUGAUUCCCCCACUGAUUCCCGCUGAAACUUGAACGGAGUGGUCAAUUCCGUAUAAAAUUCUCGUCCGGAGGUACAGGGCCACCAGUCGCACGGUUCGAGUCGAAGGCUGAUGAAAUAAUAUCGUACUGCAACUACACAAUGAAAACUUUUAUUUUUCUGCUCGUGGCCGUAAUUGCGGCUGUCCAUGCCACGGUUUUGAUUCCCGCUGGGUUAGAUCCCGAAGAAUGGAAUAAUUACAAGGCAACUUAUAACAAAUCAUACGCGGACGAUGCGGAGGAAGAAAUGAGAAUAGGACUUUACCUCAAAUCGAAGGAAAAAGUUGCAAAACAUAAUGCGGACUUCGAGAAGGGUCUCCACUCCUAUACGCUUGGUAUAAAUCAGUUCUCAGACCAGACUGCUGACGAAUUUCGGAAUACUUUGAAUCCACACUUGGGUCUUGCGAGCCGAGCCAAAGGUAAAGCUGCUGCUCAGCAAGCGCCAUGAAACCAACGAUAAACUACCAACGCACAACAAUUUUUUCUCAUAUCACAUGUUACAGAAUAUUCUACUUCAUCUGUUAUCAAUAUUUGUUACUUCAAUUUAAUGUUUUUUAAAUCUUCUUAUUUUUAAGAAACGAUCGAAAAUAAUUUUACGCCUUCCCCUCGACCGAUCCUUUUUUUUAUGCAUCCAAAUUUUGAAUUGACAAUCAGCUGUCAUUUACUUCGUUUUUCGUCUGUCAUGGCGACGACCUUCCCUAUCGUCUACAAGCAGCUGGGUUUUAAAUACAUUUCCGGCUAACGAAGUGAAAGAAAGAAAAAAAAAUUCGUUACCCAAAAGUUAUAUUUUAUUAAACAACGCGCUAGAAAAUAAAAUAAUAAAAUAUAUCGCAGCUACAUCUGUUAACCACUGCUCGAGUGAAUUAAUAAAUUGAUUAAUUUACUCAAGUGCAGAUGGACAACAGAAUGAAGCUGCGGAAAUUAAUACGCAACCGAAUGUCACGAGCCUCGGUUUCUGGCACAAAGCAUAAACAGUGCAAAAAGAAACAGGCUGUUAAAGCUAGGAAAUGCAUGUGUCUUCCAUCCAAUUAUGCCUUAGUCGAAUUCCCCAUCGUAUGGUCCGAACUGAGAGCUAAUCAGCAACUUUGCGACGGUGCGAUAAGAUGCGCAAGAGAUCAGCUAUUUCCCGUCCAUCGUGCGAUUCUGUCGGCAGUCAGUCCUUAUUUCAAAGUACUUUUUACGAACAGUUUGAAAGGCGGCAAAACGGAAACUACGGAGGUUGUUAUAAACCGCGUGCCCGGUGAAAUUUUCAGUCUUAUUCUUGAUUACGCUUACACGGGUACGUGCAACGUGACAUCUGAAAAUGUUGAGCAGCUUUUACCGCUUGCUGAUCAAUUCGAAGUACUUGGCGUUAUUCAAAUUUGCUGCUUGUUUUUACUUCAGGAAUUGAGGCCAGAAAAUUGUUUAGGGAUUUUCAAAUUUGCACGCCACUAUUUCUGCCGUGAUCUUGAGGAGAAAGGACGCAAAUACAUACGGCAUAAUUUCAAGCAAAUUUUACAAGAAAGCGGAGAAUUCAGAGACCUUUCUUGCGAAGAAUUACAAUUGGUCCUACAGGAUGACGAGCUCAAUGUGAGAAAUGAAGAAUUGGUAUUUGAGGCGAUUAAAACUUGGGUCGAAUCGAACCCUGGAGAACGGAAAUCUGCGCUACCAAUACUUUUUAAAUGCAUCCGGUUCGGGCUCAUGAACUAUAAAUUCUAUAGGAAUAAUAUUCUCAAGUGGAAAUUCGUCGAAGAUGACAAGGAGUGUCAGCAGGUUCUGUUUCCGGCUAGUGUAUUCCUUGCGGAACAAGAUGCGCGACACGGAGGGGAAGUAGAUUUGAAAAAUCCCUUAACACGCCCCCGAAUACCAUACGAAAUUCUAUUUGCGAUUGGAGGCUGGAGCGCUGGAUCCCCGACAAGUUUUGUUGAAACUUACGACACGAGAGCUGAUAGGUGGUUCCUUUCAGUGAACACGGAUGUGACACCUCGAGCAUACCACGGACUAUGUACUCUAAAUAAUGUGAUAUAUAUGAUCGGAGGAUUCGAUGGAAACGAACAUUUCAACACCGUCCGUUGCUUCGACCCUGUGACAAAGGAAUGGAGAGAAAGAGCUUGCAUGUAUCAUGCACGUUGCUAUGUCAGUGUUUGCACUCACGGAGGCAAAAUCUAUGCACUUGGAGGGUACAAUGGACGGACACGGAUGAGUUCGGGAGAGCGUUACGAACCCCAUAGAAAUCAGUGGGAAAUGAUACCCUCUAUGCAUCGUCAGCGUUCUGAUGCAAGCGCAGCAGCUCUCCAGGAUAAAAUCUACAUUGUCGGUGGAUUUAAUGGACAGGAAGUCCUCAGCUCGGCAGAAGUUUUUGACGUAGAGACGAGCCAGUGGAGUUUCAUUCAUUCCAUGACUAGUCCACGGUCUGGUGUCUCUUUAGUGGCAUUCCGAGACAGCCUUUAUGCUCUUGGUGGAUUCAACGGCUUCACGAGACUCAGUUCAGGUGAACGAUACAAUCCUAAUCACUCGGCAGAUUGGCAUGAGGUUACGGAAAUGUUCAGCCCACGUAGCAAUUUUGCCACAGUUAUCCUAGACGACAUGAUUUUCGUUAUCGGCGGUUUUAAUGGUGCCGUUACAGGAUCGACGACGAUUUCGUACGUCGAGUGUUAUGACGCUGAUAGCAACGAGUGGUACGACGCAUCACCUAUGAAUUUGAACAGGAGUGCUCUGAGCGCCUGUGUUAUUGCCGGUCUCGUCAACGCCCGGGAGUAUUCGUACCUCAGCAAGGCCCGCAAUCUAGGUCAAGGUCAAGCGAUAACGCAGAAUCCAAGCAAGCCAGAUCAAGGUGGCGAAGGACCUGAAGUAAUAUACGCUGAGGCACCCAGUGACGAGCCGCCAUUUAUCGAUGAAGCGCGUCUCCUGAAUGAAGGGGGUCCCAUCAAUGGAAUAGCUGAAGGUGGUGCUAUUCUCGAAAAUCAGGAAGAGAUGCCACAGGCCGACCCUCUCGAUCUCUAUCAAGAAGUUGAUUAGUCGAUCGUCAAAGCUAUAGCAACGAAAGAGGAUCGAAAAAAAUGGUAAAAUCGUCUUGGAUCGAGUACCGAUAGAAAAUUCAACUGUUGUGUAGCACAAACAAAUUUAUAGUCAAUGCUGUGCAAAGGUAAUGUAUGCUGUACAAAAUCUGAGACCACGACUAAAAGUAUUGACAAAUUGACAAAUUUUUAAA